CUGCAGCUGUUCUCACUGCUAGUGUUCUGCCUCAGUUUGCUUCUGAAUUUCUGGGUCUUUCUACUGUCUUUGAGAUGUGGACCCGUCUUCGUGAGCGCUAUCAGCCCUCUGGUGAUGCCUUAUACCUCUCUGUGAUCCGUCAGGAGCAUGCUCUUCAGCAGGGUGACUCUACUGUUGAUGACUUCUAUGCACAGAGUUCUGCUAUCUGGCGUCAGCUUGAUUCUCUCCGUAGUGCUGGGUGUCGUACCUGCCCCUGUUGCCAGGCUGUCCAGGCCAAUUUGGAGUUUCAUCGCGUCUAUGAGUUCUUGUCUCGGCUCCGUAAGGAGUUUGAGCCCCGGCGUGCUCAGUUGUUUGCUCGUGGCCGUAUUUCUCUCAUGGAGGCGCUUUCUGAGAUUCGUGUAGAGGAGACUCGCUUACGUGGUGCUGGUUUGCUGGAGGUUCCCUCUGUGCUUGCUACUCGUGCUCCUACGCCACCUGCUCCAUCGACCACUUCUCGCUCGAGUGCUCCGCCGCUCUUGCCCACUCCUUCUGGAGGCUCAGGUCGCCCCCGUCCACACUGCGCCUAUUGCAACAAUGAUGGUCAUCUUGAGUCUCAGUGCUCUUGUACACACACACACACACACACACACACACACACACAUUCUGCUUCACUGUUAAAAAAGAUGAUUAAUAUACUCCUUGUCACAAAAAAGACAUCUAUCACUACCCUUCCAACCCCUCUGUUGCGGUACAUCUCUUGUCAAAAUGCUACCUCUGAAAGUUAGCCAUGUAAACACUAACUCUUAAGGGCUUGUUCGUUUAAUCCCUUCACUAAGGGGAUUGGAGAGGUUUGAAGGGGAUUGGGAAGGAAUUUGACUUACAGGGGAUGUAAUCCCUUACAACCCCCUUUAAUCCCCCUCAAACCCUGUGCAACCGAACAAGGCCUAAAGGAAUUUUCACAAACCGUAGUUCUUUUGUAAGGACAAGGCACCUGAGAGGCUUUCAAAGCUAAAUACAUAGAUUUAGCACUCAACUCCAGAAGCUAUGAACAACCACUUAGACCUAUCUUCCUCCUCAUUAAGAACAGCAUUACUAGUACAUAAACUUUGCAGCUCAUUCCACAUAACAGCUAGCUCAUCCCAACAUUUUCCGAAAAUUAAGACACCUCCAGCCUUCUGUAAAAACUAUGUACAGUUAUAUUCUUGCUCAGAGAAAGAUUGAAAAGUAUAGGAAAUUUAGAAGCUAGAGAUUUAUCACUGAUCCACAUGUCUUCCCAGAAACAAGUCCUUUCACCAUUACAACUAUUUUCCUACAAAAUUAAAGAAAGUAUCUCUAACCUUCAGAAUCCCAAACCAGAAAUGUGAAUGAAAGGGUUUAUGUUUGCACUGAGAUAGAUUAGAGCUAGACAGAUACUUUUCCCUGAAUAGAUCCUGCCAUCUACCUUCCUCAUUUUCCAGUUUUCAGAGCCAUUUACUUACUAAACAAAUGUUCAUCACCUCCAAGUCCACCACACCUAAACCCCCCUUGCUCUUUAGGUUGACAAAUAUCUUCCCAUUUCACCAAAUGAUACUUUUUAUCAUUUUGGUCUCAUUCCAUAAAAGUCUUUUCUAAAGAAAUCCAUUCUUCUUCUAGGACAUCUUGGGGAGAAUUAAAAGAUACACCAUACAAUAAGGAACAUUACUGAGGCAUGAUCUACCCCCAUAUGAGGCAAAUCUUCCUUUCUAAAUAGUACCAAUUUUUUUUUCUACUUUAUCCUCUGUACUUCUCCAAUAGUUUUUUUUUUAAGUUUCUUAUCAUGCAAAGGCAUACCUGAAUAUUUAAAAGUUAAGUUUUCUUCUACACAUGCUAAAAUGUAUUUGUACUCAUUAAUCUUAUCCUUGGCUUUACCAAACAUAAGAUUUCACUUUUAUGAAAAUUAAUCUUGAGGCUAGGCAGACAGAUGUUCAAAGAUACACAGUAAAUUCUUAAGAUUUCUAGCACUAUUCAAAUCAUCAGUAAACAGACAUUUCAUAUUUUCAUUCAUUGAGCUUUAGCAAGAAUCUAGAUGCUUGUCUCCUCAAAGUAUUGGAUUUGUUUCAAAUUAUCCACUCUUCACUUUUCCUCUAAUCGUAUCAUGUUGUCCAUGUGGAUUUCGGAAACGAAUUUCUUGAUCUAUUGCCAAAUAUGUCUUCUUUCCAGGGCGCUACUGCUAGCGGAAUUAGUGUGGUUAUACAAAUAGAGCCAUACUCGGAGUUCAUUGGCAGGAAGAAGGACGUUGCUGAACUAACUAGAUGGAUAUCAGAAAAUGUUACUGAGCCCUGGCCGAUCUCAGUGUAUGGGCCCAGUGGUGUUGGGAAGAGCACCCUCGUCAGGAAAGUAGUAUACGAAAGCCCAGAUCUCAGUAGUGAGAUCCAAAGGCGAGCCUGGAUCACCAUGAUGCAACCUUUCAACCAACAGGACUUCCUGCGCAGCAUAAUUUCACAGUUUCAGGCAUGCUCUUCCCUGGGAAGGAGCACACAAUCCGAAAUUAAUAUCCAGAACAUGUCAGAGGACGAGUUGGUGACUGAGAUUUCUCAGCUCGCGGCAGGCGAUGGGAGAUCUCUGGUGAUCAUCGACAGGCUGUCAGCACAAGAAGAAUGGGAUCAGGUGAAGUCAUGCUUAUGGAAUGAUGGAGACGGAGGUGCUACCUGUACUGUUAUAGUUACUACUACGAAUGCUGCAGCUGCUCAUCAUUGUUCCGGGAAUAGCAACAAUAUGUAUAAGCUGAGCCCCCUUGAUAGUGCUGCUGUCCGUCAGUUGUUUUAUCAGACGGUAUUCCAACAUGAUGGACUAAUUGAGUUGUGUGGACCAAUGGUUGAUCAUGCUAAUCACAUCAUAGAAAAAUGUGAUGGGAACCUUCUCGCAAUCAGGAUUGUAAGUGGACUUCUUGGCACGAAAAUUCGAAAAUCUACAGAAUGGGAGAAACUGCUAAACAGGCUUAGCUCAAUGUUAAAAGACAACCCUGACCUUGGGAUUGUCAGUGCAGCAGCAAAAUUGAGUUAUGAUGAUUUACCAUCCCAUAUGAAAUACUUGCUCCAAUAUCUUAGCAUUUUCCCCAGAGGCCGCAACUUAAUGCGUAGAAGAUUGGCAAGGGCAUGGAUAGCAGAAACCUACUGUAGAAAUGCAAGAGGAUAUGAUGCUGAGGAAGUUGAGAAGAUCUUUAAUGGGCUUGUUAUGAUGAGUAUGAUUCAUCCAUCGAAGCGAGCAGAGAUAACUAGUGGAAGAAUAAAUGGUUGCAUUGUUGAUGAUGUGUUUCAGCAGCUCGGGGUUUCAGAUGCAAAAUUGCGGGAUUUUAUCUACAUCCUUGAUGAGCACCCUUUGGACACCAACCCAACAAACUCCAAAAUCAGACAUCUAGUUAUUACAGUUGGCUGGAGAAGACAUGAUGAUGAACGGAUUGAUGAGUUCAAGAAAUUAGACCUCUCUUGUGCUCGAUCACUAACAGUUUGUGGGGAAUGGAAGUCUUGUUUCAUUUCGACAAGGAUGAAGUUGCUAAGGGUGCUCGAUUUGGAAGACACUGAAGGUCUAGAGGAGCAUCAUGACCUUGAACAGAUCGGGGAAUUCCGGCAUCUCAAGUGUCUGGGUCUCAGGAACACUGGAAUUGCACAUCUUCCCAACUCCUUGGGUAAGUUGCUAGGGCUUGAGGAGUUGGAUAUCAAGGGUACAUACAUUGCUAAGCUGCCAUCUACGGUCAUCCAUCUUACAAGGCUGCGCCGUCUCCAUGGUGGUACAGUGGCUGCACGCAAUGCUCGGCUAGAUUUUGUCAGUGAAAUCACUAGAGAUUGUCCUGGGAUUAUCCAAAGUGCUGCUUCAUCUGCUUUCUGCAUGUGUUUGCUAUGUCUAUUUAAGAGGAAGAAACCAUAUGGUGUGCGUGUCCCAGAGAAGAUCGGAGAACUGAAGUCUGUUUUAACUCUGGGGACCAUUGAUGUUGCGGGAAGUCGGAGAGUUAUGAAGGAGCUACAGAAGCUAACGCAGUUACAGAAGUUAGGGGUGACUGGCGUUACAAAACACAACACCAAGCAUCUCUGCUCUACUCUUGAGCGUCUUCACCAGCUGCGGUCACUGAUGGUCGACUCAAGUGAUUCACUCAGCAGACUGGACACCGUGUGCUCACCGCCACUCCGUCUUGAAGCACUGAAGCUAUAUGGCAGUCUUGGUACGCUCCCAAGGUGGAUCAAGACCCUUCAUAAUCUCCACAAGCUAUGCCUGCGCUCGACACUGCUGGAUGGGGAUUCUGUACAGGUCAUUGCGAAGCUACCCAACCUGAUCGUGCUACGCCUUCUGGCUAAAUCACUGGUGGCGGAGGCGAUGGAAUUUGGAAGCGACGCGUUUCCGAAGCUUGAGCUUCUGCAGAUUGAUGGGUUAGAAAAUCUCAUGUCCUUAUCAUUUCAAGGAGGAGCAGCCCCAAACUUAGAGAUACUGCAGAUCGCUGACUGCAACUUUAUAAGCGAGGAUGGCUUGCGUCAGUUUCACGACCUACCAAGGAUCAAAAAGGUUUCACUGGAUGGUGUGCUUGUUCAGAAACGACCUCCGCAUACCAGCAUUCCUCAGGGACAAGCAGCCCUGGUUCUUAAUGCAGGCCGACGAAUGAGGCAUACUCAAGCACAUGUAAUUCGUGCUGCAUUCCGCUUUAAAGAAGCAGCAAGAAGGGAAAAUUCUGAGAUUCAAGAAUAAGCCACACCCCACCCUUCCUGUGUGUUGUGUUACUACUUGCUAUGUUUUUUUGAUUUGAAAUCAUGAGAUUAUCAUCUAAUUGUGUCUACUAUCAUCUUUUGAAUAAACUCCCAUUUCUUUUGAA